AUGCACCAAGUAAAUGACUCUCUGGUUACAGAAUUUGUGUUACUUGGACUUGCACAAUCCUUGGAAAUGCAGUUUUUCCUUUUUCUCUUCUUCUCUUUAUUCUAUGUGGGAAUUAUCCUGGGAAACCUCUUCAUUGUGUUCACGGUGAUCUUUGAUACUCACUUACACUCCCCCAUGUAUAUUCUGCUGGCCAACCUAUCACUCAUUGACUUGAGCCUUUCAUCUACCACAGUUCCUAGGUUGAUCUAUGAUCUUUUUACUGAUUGUAAAGUUAUUUCCUUCCAUAAUUGUAUGAUACAAAUGUUCUUUAUCCAUGUUACGGGAGGAGUUGAAAUGGUGCUGCUGAUAGUCAUGGCAUAUGAUAGGUACACUGCAAUCUGCAAGCCUCUCCACUAUCUAACUAUUACGAAUCCCAAAAUGUGCAUGCUUUUGGUAGCAGCAGCUUGGGUCAUUGGGGUGAUUCAUGCUAUGUCUCAGUUUGUUUUCGUCAUAAAUUUACCCUUCUGUGGCCUUAAUAAUGUGGGGAGCUUUUAUUGUGAUUUUCCUCAGGUUAUUAAACUUGCAUGCAUGGACACUUACGGGCUAGAAUUUGUGGUCACUGCCAACAGUGGAUUCAUAUCUAUGGUCACCUUCUUUUUCUUAAUUGUAUCAUACAUCUUUAUUCUGGUCACUGUUCGACGACAUUCCCCAAACGAUUUAUCCAAAGCAUUCUUCACUUUGUCGGCUCACAUCACCGUGGUGGUUUUGUUUUUUGCCCCAUGCAUGUUCCUCUAUGUGUGGCCUUUCCCUACUAAGUCAUUGGAUAAAUUUUUUGCCAUCGUGAACUUUGUUGUCACCCCUGUCUUAAAUCCUGCCAUCUAUACUUUAAGGAACAAAGAUAUGAAGUUUGCAAUGAGAAGGCUGAAUCAACAUAUUUUAAAUUCUAUGGAGAUGACAUAA